ACAACAGCAAGCAGCUCGUAGCGAUAUUUGAAACCAUUGAUCUCCAACCCUUGUGAUGGGAGGGCAAUGAUGCCGAUUCUAACUUCUCGAGUGCGCCACUAACCCACCAAACACCUUAAACUUCAUCUCAUCUCGAGCAAGAAAGUCACAGCCUAGUUGGGUUGAUAUGAUCCGAAGGAUUGGGCCCUCUCUAUCGUCGCUCGCCAUUUGCAAUAGAUCCCUCCUAACGGAGUCCAUCAGAUCAUUGGCUAUCCCUCGCUUGUUAGGUUAAAAUAUAUUAUAUUUUCGCUUGUAUCCCUCCGUCAACAUCAUCUCAACGACCCCUCGGCACCACUCCUCACCACCCCGCAACCCCUCUCAACCCCGCAUUUUCGCCUGGCAAUCCUCCAUCCCAAUGAAAUAUCUGAGUUCGAUGGCGCCAACCAGAGAUCCGAAUACUCUCUCCAAUCAUCUGGAUUUUUCUACUACUCAUACGGCUAUCUCACUAACUUUGUCGUUCUCGAAAUCCUCACUUUAUGGUGAAGUCGAGUUGACAUUGAAGGCUCUUGCGGAUGGUCUGAAACAAGUCGUGCUUGACACCAGCUUUUUAGACGUUAGGGCAGUUGCGGUUAACGGGAAGGGUGCGAAGUGGAGUAUUGGAGAUCGGGUUGAACCAUAUGGAAGUCCCUUAAAGGUUGAUCUUGAGAAGGCAGUUAAUUCCCAGGAUGAGGUCAUAAUUAAGGUCACAUGGGGUACCACCGAGAAGUGUACCGCGCUUCAAUGGAUGACCCCCGAGCAGACAUCAAACAAGAGACACCCGUACAUGUUUUCACAAUGUCAAGCGAUUCAUGCUCGCUCACUAUACCCCUGCCAAGAUACCCCCUCGGUAAAGUCCACCUUUGAUUUUUCCAUCCGCUCUCCUCUCCCUGUGUGCGCGUCCGGUCUCCCCACUGGUGUCCAUCACUUUGUCCCGGCAACCUCUCCGUCGGAGCCGGGAACUCUAGCGUACACCUUUAGGCAGCCGAUCCCAAUACCGUCCUACCUGAUGGCAAUCGCAUCAGGUGAUAUCGCGAAUGCCGCAGUCGGGCCCCGUAGUUUGGUUUAUGCUGGCCCAGAGGAACUUCUUCGGUGUAAGAAGGAAUUAGAAGAUGAUGUUGAAACCUUCAUUAAAACAGCCGAAUCAUUGAUCUAUGCAUACGAAUGGACAACAUACAACGUGUUAAUACUCCCACCUAGCUUCCCUUACGGUGGAAUGGAGAACCCAUGCAUAACCUUCGCAACUCCAACGAUUAUCUCGGGCGAUAAAUCGAAUGUCGAUGUCAUCGCACAUGAGCUUUCUCAUAGUUGGUCUGGGAACCUAGUCUCUAACGCAUCGUGGGAGCACUUUUGGCUCAAUGAGGGGUGGACAACCUACCUCGAGCGAAGAAUCCAGGGAAAAGUUCACGGAGAUAAGCAUUUCCAUUUCUCGGCAAUCAUCGGAUGGAAAGCCCUCAAGGGAUCCGUGGAGCUUUAUGGCCCAGACCACGAGUUCACCAAGUUGGUUAUUGAUCUCAAAGGGAAAGACCCCGACGACGCAUUUUCCAGCAUUCCCUACGAAAAAGGCUUCAACUUCCUCUAUUAUCUCGACAGACUUGUAGGAAGGGAAAAAUGGGAUACCUUUAUUCCUCACUACUUUUCAACAUACCGUAAAAAGUCUCUUACUUCUUUUGAUUUCAGGGAAACUCUUCUAUCCUUCUUCUCCAAGGAUUUAGAGGCUUCUGAUGCCCUCGCAAAGGUCGACUGGGACACCUGGUUCUACAAACCCGGGCUUCCCGAAAAACCCGACUUUGAUACAACACUAGCAGACGCUUGCUACGCCCUUGCCGACCGCUGGCAAGCCCUGAAUUCGUCCGACUCCUCUUUUAAACCCUCACCAUCAGAUAUCUCCUGCUGGACAUCCGGCCAAGUUGUCGUCUUCCUCGAGCGAAUCACGGACUUUUCCACCCCUCUCCGUAAGGAACUUGUAGAGCUCAUGCGUGGUGAAUACGGGUUUUUAAAGAGCGAGAAUGCGGAGAUAUUGAGCCGUUUCUUGACAGUCGGUCUCAAAGCAAAAGACGAGAGGCUUUAUAGCAAGGCAGCGGUGGUGUUGGGUAUGUGGGGAAGGAUGAAGUUUGUUAGACCUUUGUACAGGCUAUUGAACGAGUGUGAUCGGAAUCUGGCACUGGAGACCUUUGAGAAGAAUAAAGGCUUCUAUCAUCCGAUCUGCAGGGGGGUUGUGAUGAAGGAUUUGGGGAUUAGUUAGAUGGGAACCUGGAUUGAUAUGAAAAUUCUAUUGUAUCAUAGUUUUGAAAUUCAAAACUCAUCUGACCCAGA